AUGAAUAAAUUCAAAGCUCCUUCCAACUCAAAGUUCAAUAAACGAGUAAAUACCAUUGAUCCCAUUGCAAAUUUGAGUAAAUAUGUAGGUUCAGAUAAUACUUCACACAAUUCAGUACAAAAUGGCUCCUUGAAAGAAGAAAAUUGUGCAUUUUAUCCCAUCCAACAAUAUCCCAAUGAUAAUUCAAUAAAAGAAAAUACAUUUCAAAAGCAGUCUCGGUUUUCAAGAUUCUUAUACAAGUUCAAACAUAGACCAAGUAUUAGUUUUAAAGAACCUAAAAAGGUAAAAGAAAAAGAAACAAGGGCAAAAACUCUAGCUUUAGGUGUAGGUGGAAAUAUUGUUUCACAUACUUGGAUUAGACGAUUUUCAAAAACUAAUAAUACUAUGGCAACACCCAUAAUAAUAGCAUCAAGUCCAAUAGAACAAGAACCAAAAGAUAUUUUCUCCCCACCACCAUCAGAAAUUCCUAUGGAAACUAUAGAUUCUGUUCAAAAUGAUAAUAUCAAUCAAGAAAAUAAAUUUAAUUCUUUACCACUUGCAUCAAAAUUGACACCAACUACUAGAUCAAAUAAAUCAAAACUGUUUAGUUUGAAUACAUUCUAUAAUAAUUCAUUUUUCAAAACUGGUGGUAGAUUACCUAUAAGCUAUGAUAAUUCUCAAAUAACUGAUGAAACCAUUAUAAAUAAUUGA